UCGCUUGUGGCUGGCAUGGCAGAGUACAUCCCCCAGCCUCCCUCCACCUGGCCCGCAGGCCCACAGCCCCCUCACGCUUCUGCCAUCUUCCCACUGGAGCCUGUGGAUCUGGGGAUAUCGGAGCCACAAACACCACCGGAGCAGCCACCGUCCUCCCUGGAGCUGGGUGAGGAUGAAGAAGUCACCUCCCCUCCAGAUCCUGAUGUCCCCUAUCCAGACUUGGCCCCAGUUGUCUUCUUCUGCUUGAAGCAGACCACCAGCCCACGGAGCUGGUGCAUCAAAAUGGUGUGCAACCCCUGGUUCGAGUGUGUCAGCAUGAUGGUGAUUUUGCUAAACUGUGUUACCCUGGGAAUGUACCAGCCAUGUGAGGAUAUGGACUGCCUUUCUGACAGGUGUAAAAUCUUGCAGGUGUUUGAUGAUUUCAUCUUCAUCUUCUUUGCCAUGGAAAUGGUCUUGAAGAUGGUGGCCCUGGGGAUAUUUGGCAAGAAGUGUUACCUUGGAGAUACCUGGAACCGCUUGGAUUUCUUCAUUGUCAUGGCUGGGAUGGUGGAGUACUCCCUGGAUCUCCAAAACAUUAACUUGUCUGCAAUCCGUACAGUCCGUGUCCUGAGACCCCUGAAAGCUAUCAACCGUGUGCCCAGCAUGCGCAUCCUUGUGAACCUGCUCCUGGACACCUUGCCCAUGCUGGGGAACGUCCUUCUUCUCUGCUUCUUUGUCUUCUUCAUCUUUGGCAUCAUUGGGGUGCAGCUGUGGGCUGGGCUGCUCCGCAACCGCUGCUUCAUGGAGGAGAACUUCACAGUACAAGGUGACAUUGUCCUGCCCCCUUAUUACCAGCCAGAGGAAGAUGAUGAGAUGCCCUUUAUCUGCUCGCUGUCAGGAGACAAUGGAAUUAUGGGCUGUCACGAAAUACCCCCACUGAAGGAGCGAGGCCAUGAGUGUUGUUUGGACAAGGAUGAUUAUUAUUAUUACAAUUCAGUCCGGCAAGAGUUCAAUAUCAGUGGCAUGUGUGUGAACUGGAACCAGUACUACAACGUGUGCCGCACCGGCAACGCCAACCCGCACAAGGGUGCCAUCAACUUUGACAACAUUGGCUAUGCCUGGAUUGUGAUAUUUCAGGUGAUCACACUGGAAGGGUGGGUAGAGAUCAUGUACUAUGUGAUGGAUGCCCAUUCCUUCUACAAUUUUAUCUACUUUAUCUUGUUGAUAAUCGUGGGCUCCUUCUUCAUGAUCAACCUGUGCCUGGUGGUCAUCGCCACGCAGUUCUCGGAGACCAAGCAGCGGGAGCACCAGCUGAUGCAGGAGCAGAGGGCCCGCUACCUCUCCUCCAGCACUGUCGCCAGCUACAUGGAGCCGGGAGACUGCUACGAGGAGAUCUUCCAGUACGUCUGCCACAUCCUGCGCAAGGCCAAGCGCCGCACCCUGGGGCUGUACAACAGCGUGCAGAGCUGGCGCCACGGCCACGUGCAGGAGCCCGGCAAGGCCAAACCCAGCGGGAACAGGAAAAGCCAGAGGCACUACAGGCUUUGCCAGCAGCACAACUCUCUUGGCUGCCCUCCUCAGGGCUUAGUCCAGCCCAUCGCUGUGACAGCAACCUCUGAUCCCACCAACUGCCCACGAUGCCAUAGGGCAGAACAUGAAGCAUCCAGAAGGCUCUCAGUCCUGGAUAGUGCUGGCUCAGACCAGGAGGAUGGAGGAGCCAGUGAAGGGGAGGGAGAGGGCAGCCAAGAGGACCAGGGUGCCUCGGCGCUGGAGAAGGAGGAGGAGGUGGAAGAAGGAGGCCGGCUGAAGCUCUGCAGUGACAUGUGGCGAGAAGUGAGGGUCAAGCUUCGAGUUAUUGUGGACAGCAAGUAUUUCAACCGGGGGAUCAUGAUUGCAAUCCUAGUGAACACCAUCAGCAUGGGCAUUGAGCACCACGAACAGCCAGAGGAAUUGACCAACAUCUUGGAGAUCAGCAAUGUUGUCUUUACAAGCAUGUUUGCCCUGGAGAUGAUCCUGAAACUUGCUGCUUUUGGUCUCUUUGACUACCUUCGCAACCCCUACAACAUCUUUGACAGUAUCAUCGUCAUCAUCAGCAUCUGGGAGAUCAUUGGCCAGGCAGACGGGGGCCUCUCUGUGUUGAGGACAUUCCGACUCCUCCGGGUGCUGAAGCUGGUGCGUUUCAUGCCAGCGCUGCGCCGCCAGCUUGUGGUGCUGAUGAAGACUAUGGACAACGUAGCCACCUUCUGCAUGCUCCUCAUGCUCUUCAUCUUCAUAUUCAGCAUCCUGGGAAUGCACAUCUUUGGUUGCAAGUUCAGCCUCAGGACAGACACAGGAGAUACAGUUCCUGACCGGAAGAAUUUUGACUCCCUGCUGUGGGCCAUUGUCACCGUCUUUCAGAUCCUAACACAGGAGGACUGGAAUGUUGUACUCUAUAAUGGCAUGGCCUCCACCUCACCGUGGGCUUCCCUUUACUUUGUGGCUCUCAUGACAUUUGGCAAUUAUGUACUCUUUAAUCUUCUGGUGGCCAUUCUUGUGGAGGGAUUCCAGGCUGAGGGUGAUGCCAACCGGUCAUACUCAGAUGAAGAUCAGAGUUCUUCAAACAUGGAAGAGUUUGAUCAAUUCCAAGAGGUCCAGGAAGGCUCAGAUCCCAAACUCUGUGCAAUUCCUGUGACACCUAAUGGGCACCUGGACCCAUCCUUGCCCUCUUCCAACCCACCAGUGGUUUCUGGGGGAGUCACCAACUCUUCACGCAACUCACUGCAACUUGACCAGAUCCGUGUUGCUGUUGGCUCCCGGAAGAGCAGUGUGAUAUCCCUGGGGAGAAUGACUUAUGACCAGCGGUCCUUGUCCAGCUCCCGCAGUUCCCACUACGGCGCCUGGAGCCGCAGCGGAGCCUGGGGAAGCCGUCGCUCCAGCUGGAACAGCCUGGCCCGGGGACACAGCCUGAAACACAAACCUCCCUCAGCUGAGCAUGAGUCCCUCCUGUCUGGGGAAACGCACAAGGCAGCAGAUGGGGAGCCGGAUCGGACAGGAAGGGUGUUUCAUCACCGCCGGACACUCUCUCUGGAUAACAAAGGCUCCUGUGACCUGCUGGAGUUGGCCUCACUCCCUUCUGGCCACAGAGUGACCCACAGGCUGGGAGCACCGCCUGGGGCCAGUGAGCAUCAGGACUGCAAUGGCAAAAUGCCCAGCAUUGUCAAGGAGAUCUUCCCAAAGAUGAACAACCACAAAGAACGGGGAGAGGAUGAUGAUGAAAUAGAUUAUAGCCUGUGCUUUCGCAUCCGGAAGAUGAUGGAAGUCUAUAAGCCAGACUGGUGUGAAUUACGGGAAGACUGGUCCAUAUAUCUCUUCUCUCCACAGAACAGGUUUCGCCUCCUCUGCCAAACCGUCAUUGCUCACAAGCUCUUUGACCACGUAGUGCUGGCCUUCAUCUUCCUGAACUGCAUCACGAUUGCCCUGGAAAGACCUCAGAUUGAACACAGAAGCACGGAAAGAAUCUUUCUCACUGUGUCCAACUACAUUUUCACAGCAAUCUUUGUAGCUGAGAUGACACUGAAGGUGGUCUCUCUAGGCCUAUAUUUUGGGGACCAAGCUUAUCUCCGCAGCAGCUGGAACAUCUUGGAUGGCUUCUUGGUCUUUGUGUCUCUCAUUGACAUUGUGGUCUCAGUGGCCUCUGCUGGUGGUGCCAAAAUCCUGGGGGUGCUGCGAGUGCUCCGGUUGCUGCGCACACUACGUCCCCUCCGAGUCAUCAGUCGAGCCCCUGGUCUGAAGCUGGUGGUGGAGACACUUAUUUCUUCCCUCAAGCCCAUAGGAAACAUUGUCCUCAUCUGCUGUGCUUUCUUCAUCAUCUUUGGCAUCCUGGGAGUGCAGCUUUUCAAGGGCAAGUUCUACCACUGCCUGGGGGUUGACAUCAGGAACAUCACCAACCGCUCCGACUGCGUGGCAGCCAACUACAAGUGGGUGCACCACAAGUACAACUUUGACAACCUGGGACAGGCUCUGAUGUCCCUCUUUGUUUUGGCUUCCAAGGAUGGCUGGGUCAAUAUUAUGUACAAUGGACUUGAUGCUGUGGCUGUUGACCAGCAGCCAGUGACGAACAACAACCCCUGGAUGCUACUCUACUUCAUCUCCUUUCUCCUCAUCGUCAGUUUCUUUGUGCUCAACAUGUUUGUGGGGGUGGUGGUGGAGAACUUCCACAAGUGCCGGCAGCACCAGGAGGCUGAGGAGGCGCGCCGGCGGGAGGAGAAGCGCCUGCGACGCUUGGAGAAGAAGCGAAGGAAGGCGCAGCGUUUGCCGUACUAUGCUACCUACUGCCACAUACGCCUCCUUAUCCAUUCGGUCUGCACCAGCCACUAUCUGGACAUCUUCAUCACUUUCAUCAUCUGCCUCAACGUGGUCACUAUGUCCUUGGAGCACUACAACCAACCUGUGUCCCUGGAGACCGCCCUCAAGUACUGCAACUACCUGUUCACCACUGUCUUUGUGUUUGAGGCAGUCCUCAAGCUGGUGGCAUUUGGUCUGCGACGAUUCUUCAAGGACAGGUGGAACCAGCUAGAUCUGGCGAUUGUGCUGCUGUCUGUCAUGGGCAUCACAUUGGAAGAGAUUGAAAUCAACGCUGCUCUCCCAAUUAAUCCCACUAUCAUCCGGAUCAUGAGAGUGCUGCGUAUUGCCCGGGUCCUGAAGCUCCUGAAGAUGGCCACAGGAAUGCGAGCACUGCUGGAUACAGUUGUUCAAGCUCUGCCACAGGUGGGAAACCUUGGACUCCUUUUCAUGCUCCUCUUUUUCAUCUACGCUGCUCUGGGAGUGGAGCUCUUUGGAAAACUGGUGUGCAACGAUGAGAACCCCUGUGAAGGCAUGAGCCGCCACGCCACCUUCGAGAACUUUGGGAUGGCCUUCCUCACACUUUUCCAGGUGUCCACAGGAGACAACUGGAAUGGGAUCAUGAAGGAUACCUUGCGUGACUGCAGCCACGAUGACCGGAGCUGUCUCAGCAACCUGCAGUUCAUCUCCCCACUGUACUUUGUCAGCUUUGUGCUCACAGCCCAGUUUGUCCUCAUCAACGUGGUGGUAGCUGUGCUCAUGAAACAUCUUGACGACAGCAACAAGGAGGCCCAGGAGGAUGCAGAGAUGGAUGCUGAGCUUGAGAUGGAAAUUACUCAUGGGCUAUGCUCCCACAAGUCAGGCUCUCCAAAUUCAGGACAGGGAAAAGGAGCAGGAACAGGAGGAGGUGGUGGUAGAACAGAUCCUGAAGGACAUCUGUGCAUGAGAUGUUACUCUCCAGCCCAGGAGAACUUAUGGCUGGACAGUGUCUCUUUAAUUAUUAAGGACUCCUUCGACGGGGAGUUAAUGAUCAUCGAUAACCUAUCGGGCUCCGUCUUCCAUCAUUACUCCUCGCCGGCCAUGUGCGAGAAGUGUAACCAUGACAAGCAAGAGGUCCAGCUGGCUGAAAUGGAAGCGUUAUCCCUCAACUCAGACAAGUCCUCUUCCAUCCUUCUAGGAGAUGAGUCAGACAAUCGAAAUACUGCUCAGCUGAAUCCUAAGGAGAUCAAGGAUGGCCAGGACAACCCUGACUCCACUGGGGCAGACAAUCUGGAGGAAUGCCUGCUUCCAGCAUCCAGUGAGGAUGGCUCUGCAAACCCAGACAGUUACCUGUGUGAAAUGGAGAAUACUUCUUUCAACUCCGUUCAAUCUUGGCUAAAGCAUGAAAGUACCAAAGUCCCUCCCAGCCCCUUCUCUCCAGGUGCAUCUUCCCCUCUGUUACCCGUACCAACAGAAUUUUUCCACCCAGCCAUCUCUGCCACCCAAACAGGGCCUGAGGAAGUCUCGUGUCCACACAACCUUCCAAAGAUCUCCCUGCAAGGCUCGUGGGCAUCACUGAGAUCUCCAGGUGUGAACUGCUCACUUCUCCAUCAGCCCCCCGAGAGCGACCCGUCUCUGGACAGCGGCAGCAGCAGCUCGGCCGGCAGCCUGCAGACCACGCUGGAGGACAACAGCCUCAACCUCAGCGACUCUCCGCAGUGUGCCCUGGACCUGCCGGUGGCUCUGUGCCCCGUGCCGGCGGCGGGCAGCCAAAGACCCCUGGCAGCCCCCCUGUCCCCCGCCUCCCGCCGCCGGAGCCUGCGGGGCCGGGGGCUCUUCAGCCUGCGGAGCCUGUGCCGCCACCAGCGCAGCCACAGCAGCGGCGGCAGCACCAGCCCCGGCUGCACCCACCACGACUCCAUGGACCCUUCGGAUGAGGAGGGGGCGGGCAGCAGCCUGCGCGGGGGUGGCAACAACAGCGAGCCCUCGGAGACGCUCAGCAGCCUCUCGCUGACCUCGCUCUUCUCGCCGCCCCCGGCGGCGCUGACCCUGGUGAAGAAGUGCAGCAGCACCAGCAGCCUCCAGGCCAGCCCCUCGCCCCGCCGCCCCGCCGCCCACCACGCCAAGCCCUUCUACACCGUCGACCCUCGGGGCUUCCUCUCGAUGCCCUCCUGGGUGACGGACUUCUGCAAGGACACCCCCUCGCCCAGGGAAGGAGAGGCGCCAGACGGCCCCGGCAGACUGGGGACAGGGGACCGCAGCUCCCCGCUCCCUUCCGAGCUGGAGCUGGGCGACGGAGUCAGCAAGAGGAACAGAUGA